GAUUUGUUCGGAAAGCCAUGAGCCAGGGUAGCAUUUUCAUGUUACCUUGCUGUCUCGAAAACCAUGGAUGGGUUCGCCAACCUAAAGUUGCCUUGCCGUUGGCUUGGGUCAGGCUCAGGAGAGCGUCGUCAUACCCUCGAGCCGUGAUUCAGAGGUGACAGCUCAUAGCCAAUAAAUACUUGGCUAGCUGCCUAACGGACCAGUCUUCGUAGCUCUUUUCUUUUGAUUCUAUUUACUUAAUAUCUGCAAUAUCCAGACCAUCUGUUUGAAUCUCUACUACUACUACUUUUCUGUGUGUUUGCUCAAUAAACAACGUUUUCCUAGCAAAUAAGAAUCAUACACAUCCACAUACAGCAGCCAAAAUGAUUCUAACGGAUCUCUUCUCUAUGAUCCUCCGCUUGGCGGAGCUAGCAUUCGCCGCUAUCGUCGCCGGAAUCAACGGCGAGUAUCUACAUGCCGUUAGACAUACCGAUAGUUGGGACCAGGGUCGUUUCAUCUACACAGAAGUCGUAGCUGGUGUCGCCAUCUUCCUGUCCAUCAUCUGGCUGCUCCCCUUUGCCGGCAGCUUCGUCCACUGGCCUGUUGAUAUCUUCAUUUCCAUUUGUUGGUUCGUCGCUUUUGGUCUGCUGGUCAACUUUCUCGACGGUGCCUGUGGAUAUGUCUUCUACUGGGGUAACGUCUCCUUCCGCGGGGAUGACCAGUGUGGAAAGUGGAAGGCUGUCAUCGCGUUCUCUUUCCUCUCUGCUAUCUGCUGGCUGGUGUCGGCUAUUGUUGGUAUCGUCUGGGUCCGUGACCAUGAAGCCCGUGCUUACCGCCGCCGCCAAUGGUACCGAUCUCGCGUCUAAACGCUCCUUAAUUGACACGCGCACACACGAUUUAUCGCGGUAUCACUUUUUCGCUGUUGAUCCGCGAAUUUCUUAGUUGACUGCUUAAUACGAGUUACGACAAAAAUUGGUCCUUUAAAAUAUGGUUUUAUGAGGGAGGGGUUUUGGUCCAUGUUUUUUCUUCUUGAUACCAUCUGCUACUAAUACCCUAUAAUGAGCUUAAGAUAUAAUAGUCCGAGGAGAUACCCAUCUUAAUAAUAAAAUUGAAAAUUCGCCGGCUGCUGUUUAUCCAUAAUUGCGUGCCAAGUAUCAAAGAAAGCUUACCCGCCGUG